CGAACAUACCAAAGGGAAAUCAUGGUAUUCGGCUGCCUUCUCUGUUUCAUCCCCUGGAUAUGCACUGUAGAAUUCAUUCUUUGGAGCAAAUUGUUCAAACGGAUGAGACUGUGACGUAAGUGCCUUUUCUAUUAUUGUGCUCCUGUCCAGUCUUGGGUCCUCUUCAAUGCCAUCUCGAACUCCAGGAGACUUGGGUGCUGUGCUAGGUUGUGGGUUGUGCCACAGGUGACCCGAGGAAGCUGUGUGUGGUGAUAAGGCUGUCAAUUGUUUUCGGUUGGAAGUUUCUGUUAAGAAAAAUGCACUGAACUUAGCUUUUCUUUUCGGUUAGGGAAUUAGCAAAAACUUCCCCAGGAGUUUUGAUACGGGCAGUUGUUUUGCGUUCUGAGUGUACUGAAAACUUAUAUUCAUGAGGGCUCCUAACAAGUACUUGAAAUUUUGAGGGAAAGAGGCAGUGGCGUUUUAUUGUGAUAUUUUGUAGUUGUGUGCGAUGCAAGGAAUGGCAAUGCUAUCUCAAGCACACAAGUGCUUCACGUCUUCGUUCUUCCAUUCUUCGUGCACUCGCUUAUGCUACCCUCGCGCGGGCUCGAAGAAUCCGCUAAAUGGGAGAGAGGUCAGCUUUACGAUACCUCAUCGUUUCGGGCCGACUUCGAGUUGGAGACGAAUAUGUGGUUGUUCUCUCGCCCCAGCUCUAGAAGGACAGAAGAAUUGGGAAGAUGUUGCUCAGAAAGAUCAGCAACAAAAACUUCUUCAAGUAGUAUUAGUGUCGCCCCAGAUUCCAGGGAAUAGUGGUAGUAUUGCAAGAACAUGUGCAGCUACUGGUGUUGGGUUGCACCUCGUCGAGCCACUGGGAUACAAAAUCGAUGGUUCCAAGUUGAAGAGUACUGGAUUAGAGUAUUGGCCAUAUGUUGUAGUGAAGGUGCAUAAGUCUUGGAAUGAUUUCUUCACCUAUUUUCAAGAACAGAACGGCGAGAAAAGACUUCUCGCAUACACCAAGAAUGGUCAAUAUGUUCACACAGAUGUACAAUACAAAGCUGGAGACUGGCUUCUAUUUGGGUCAGAAGUAGACGGCCUGCCUGCUGCAGCUCUGGAACAAAGCACAACGGGUCAGUACGCCGGAGGCACAAUACGCCUCCCCAUGAGUGAGGAAUAUGUACGUUCACUAAACCUUUCCAUUUCUGCUGGAAUCGGAGUAUAUGAAGCUCUCCGCCAACUCGAUUCUCACACUGGUUACAGUAGCGUGCAUGCCUCUCACAACGAUCCUGUUUUCACCGAGAACAACGACGGUUAUCCUUGAGCUGAUUGUAGAGUAGAAAAAACUUGUGGGUUCACUGGGUUAUUUUGGGGACUCCUUAAAACAUCAAUAUCAAAUUACAUUUUUGCUGUACUUACUCUUGUCAUCGAAGAUCCUUCAUUUCCUUGA